AUGAAGGCUGCAACCUCCAUCGCGUUCUUUACUCUUCUGGCCGCUGCUGAGGCUACCGGUGCUUACUGGGGCACUGAGCAAUGCUACAGUAACCCCGGCAGGUCACCCAACAAGUGUAAUGAGUGGCAGAGGACCGGUUUCGACUGGACCGGCCUCUCUACUGGAUCCUUCGGGCACUACGGCGGCUUUGACUUCUCCGGCUUUACUUGCAGCAGCAGCUUCAGUGGCGCAUCCCGCGGAAAGCGCAGUGGUAUGAGUCAGGGGAAAUGCAUCGAAGGAACUGCGUACAGAGGCGACAGCUCGUCGGCUCCCUCGUUUUCGUGCAGUGGCGACGAGGGUGGUUUCUCUAUUACCAACUUCCACAUGUCCACUUCGAAGACAACCGAUGUGCAGAUCGUCUACGGCAUGCCUGAUGGUUCGCAGUGUCGUAACACUGCUUCCUGCUCGUCCGAAGGUACCAUGAUCACCAAUGACCAGUGCGGUGGAGCCACCUCCGUCCACUUCAAGCUGCCUGACGACAGCCAUGAUGAAAGCUGCGGUUUCGUGUUCCAUCUAUUCCCACCACCCCCGUUGUUCCCCCCCGAGCAGACUGGGUCCUCGACAACUAGCGCUCCUUUGAAGAUGACUACCUCGACUGUGUACGUCACUAGUGAGAUUACGGUCACCAAAUGCGCCCCAACUGUCACCAACUGCCCGGCUGAUUCCACCAGUGUGGUGACUUCAACCAUUGCUGUCUCUACUACCGUCUGCCCGGUGACCGAGACCAGCUCUACCCCUGCUAGCCCGACUGGAGUUUAUCCUGCCAGCACACCUGCUGGUUCGUCUAUUGUGAUUCCUACCCCGUCCUCGCCUGGCGGUGUUUCUUCUGCCCCGUCUGUCCCUGCAAUUACCCCUGCUCCUUCUGGCGCUGGCGCUACUUCCACUCCUUAUGUUCCUGGAGAGACCAUAGUUACUGUCAUUACUUAUGAGACCACCACUGUCUGCCCCGUCACUGCCACGAUAACCUCUGGCUCGAGCACGUUCACCACGACCUCUAGUACUGUUUCUACUAUCACGGUCACCGAAACGUCCACUGUUUGCACCAGGUGUGAGGGAAGCACGACUACUUCUACCCCUGCCGGUGCUGGAAGCACACCUGCUCCCUCGGGAGCAGGUGCCACUUCCACACCCUCUGUCCCUUCGGAUACCACAACAACCGUGGUGACGUACGAGACCACAACUACGUGCCCUGUCACUGCCACUAUCACCUCGGGCACCAACACUAUCACCACGACUUCGAGCACGGUGUCUACCAUUACACUGACCUCGACCUCGACAUAUUGCCCCAAAUGCGUUAGCACGACUGGCACCUCGCCGACCUCGAUCCCCUCGGCUCCUUGCCCCAACACCGUUCCGCAGUGCAUCAACACGUGGCUGACACUCGUGCCUAAGUGCGCAUCUAACAGCGACGCGAAGUGCUUCUGCCCGAACAAGGAGUUCACCAAGAAGGUCCUUUCCUGCAUUGACUCAUGGGGUGCCUCUAAGGCGGAGAUUGAGUCGGCCAUGUCCUACUUCACUGGUAUCUGUGCCUCGUGGAUCCCGCAGAACCCGGCCAUUGUGACUGCUAUCCCCUCGACUAUCACUAUCGGUCCGACUGGCGUCUCUCCGGCCUCUGGCUCAGGUGUUUCCUCUGUUGCCGUGAUCACUUCUGCUCCGGUUACCACCAUCACCUACUCGAGCCUUACCGUCACAGUUCCGCAGGUCAAGUUCACUACGUCUACUGCGGAGGGCAAUAGCCCGACUGUCGGUCUGGUCCCCGCCGAGACUCCCAGCAGCACCUCGCCUGUCUACACUGGACUUCCUCCGUCGGUGCCUGCUUCCUCGACCUUGGUGGUCAGCAGCCGGCCCUCGACCGUCGCAACGCACACUCCUACUUCAGUAUACAGCUUGGCGUCGACGGUCUCAUUCUCUUCGAGUCUUCUGCUCGCGUCUGUCGCCGCCCUGUUCGGCCUGAUGCUGUAA